UUAAAGAUGAAGCAUGAAAUAUUUUUUAAAUUAUUCGUAUUAAUUUUAACUUCAAUUUUGGUUGAAAACAAGCAAAAUAAGCAAUUAUUAAAGGAUAAAUCCAAUUUUAUUUUUUUAACAUUUUCUAAUGAUUCUGACAGUAAUUUGGAAGUAAAUCUGGUUUUGGGAGAGAAGGAUUUACAUAAAAAACAAUUAAUCUUAACAUCUAAACACCAUAAAAGUGAAUCAGAAACGGCCAAAGUGACUGUAAAUUAUACAGUGAGAAAGGAAUCGUCUCCUAUAGGCCUUUUUGGCACCUCAAGUCUUUUUUCCUCAGCUGCGACUGAAUUGCCUUUGGUUAAAGCAAAAACUAUAAAAUUAUCUGAGAGUGUUGGAAAUGUUGGUGAGGAAAUAAAAAUAAAAAUUUAA